UAACCUGUUUCUCCAUUUUUGGUUUUAUUGGAGCAUUUUACAGAAGAAGAUGUGUAUAAAACUGUCAGCGAAUUGUGACAGAUGCAGGAGGAAAGCAAUGGAAGUAGCAGUUAAUGCGAAGGGUGUAAUCUCUGUAGCCAUAGAAGGGGAAUCCGGGGACGAUCUUGUAGUGGUUGGUGAUGGAAUUGAUGCUGCUUGUUUGGUUGAUACCUUGAGGAAGAAAGCUUGCUAUGCCAUGUUAGAGACUCUUGAAGAAGUAAGCCCGGGUAUUCUCCCUCCUGAUGAUGAUCAGGUGGAGAAUCCACAAGAAGAGGAUGAUGCAGACAAUUCCAAGAACAUCGAGGCUGAUGAUAACGGUACAGAUCAAACUGUUCCACCUCAUUGUUGCCUAGCUCAGUGCUCCACCAAUUGCUAUGAACAGCCACACUCUGAUAUAUAUGAAGUAGUCUAUGAUUCUUAUGGUCCAACCACUGGAUGCAUUAUCAUGUAAAGGAAGAUCAAUGAUGUAGAAACCCAUCUUCAUUCAAAGUCAAUAUCUUUUGGUA